GGGACGGGGCGGGGUGGGGGAAGGGCGGCCUCGUUGAGAGGCGGCUCUUUGGGUCCGUUGUGAGGUCAUUUGACCCACACCACCCAGUGGAGAUUGGGGUGAAAGAAAGCGCAAGCUGGGCUGGGUCGGGUUUUGAAAAAAGGAGAGGGGGGGGAAAAACCCCUUCCUCUCCCCCGAACCCCCAAGCCACCAUCUCAUCGGCGCUGUUCGGUUGGGACGUGGUGAAGCCGGCGCCAUAUGCGCUCCGUCCACAUCGUGGUCUCUCUCUCUCCCCUCCAGUCCCGGGUUUUGUUUAAGGAUCGUGACAUCGUCGCUGGUGGCGAAGACAUGAGUGAAGAAUAUUCCAUACCUAAAUAUUGAGAAGAGAGGAAAAUCCAUCGAGGAGAUCGCUUGCUGUUCUCAGUCUCUCUUGAUUGUAAUUUGGGUCACUCACUAAGGUGACUUGUUUCUAACGGUCAUUGAAGAGCCCACUGACGUCGCCCUAACUGCAGAGCGUCUUGGAGGAAGAUCUGCUCAAUCUCAUAGACUUGUCAAGCUAGUGGGUGCAAGACUGGAGACCUCCUUGCAGUCAUGGCUUUCUCAAAUUACAGCAGUCUGAAUCGAGCUCAGCUCACUUUUGAAUAUCUGCACACAAAUUCAACCACUCAUGAAUUCUUAUUUGGAGCUCUUGCUGAACUUGUUGAUAACGCAAGAGAUGCUGAUGCUACCAGAAUAGAUAUUUAUGCUGAGAGGCGAGAGGAUCUGCGAGGAGGAUUUAUGCUUUGCUUUUUGGAUGAUGGAGCAGGAAUGGAUCCGAGUGAUGCUGCCAGUGUGAUCCAGUUUGGGAAGUCAGCCAAACGAACACCUGAGUCCACCCAGAUCGGGCAGUACGGGAAUGGGUUAAAAUCGGGCUCGAUGCGCAUUGGGAAAGAUUUUAUCCUCUUUACCAAGAAGGAAGACACCAUGACCUGCCUUUUCCUGUCUCGCACCUUUCACGAGGAAGAAGGCAUUGAUGAAGUGAUAGUCCCACUGCCCACGUGGAAUGCCCGGACCCGGGAGCCCAUCACAGACAACGUGGAGAAGUUCGCCAUCGAGACGGAGCUCGUGUACAAAUACUCUCCCUUCCGCACCGAGGAGGAGGUGAUGACUCAGUUCAUGAGGAUUCCUGGGGACAGCGGAACGCUGGUGAUCAUCUUUAAUCUGAAGCUCAUGGACAAUGGAGAGCCCGAGCUAGAUGUGAUGUCAAAUCCCAAGGACAUCCAGAUGGCGGAGACCUCCCCCGAGGGCACGAAGCCAGAGAGGCGCUCGUUCCGCGCUUAUGCUGCCGUGCUCUACAUUGAUCCCCGGAUGAGGAUCUUUAUCCAUGGGCACAAGGUUCAGACCAAGAGGCUCUCCUGCUGCCUGUACAAGCCCAGGAUGUACAAAUACACUUCAAGCCGUUUCAAGACCCGUGCAGAGCAGGAGGUGAAGAAAGCAGAGCAUGUUGCACGGAUUGCUGAAGAGAAGGCGCGGGAGGCAGAGAGCAAAGCUCGGACAUUAGAAGUACGCCUCGGUGGAGACCUCACGCGGGACUCCAGGGUGAUGCUGCGGCAGGUCCAGAACACAGCCAUAACCCUGCGCAGAGAAGCUGAUGUCAAGAAGAGAAUUAAGGAGGCCAAACAGCGAGCACUGAAAGAACCUAAGGAGCUAAAUUUUGUUUUCGGGGUCAACAUCGAGCAGCGGGACCUGGACGGUAUGUUCAUUUACAACUGUAGCCGCCUGAUCAAGAUGUACGAGAAGGUGGGCCCACAGCUCGAAGGCGGCAUGGCGUGUGGUGGGGUGGUUGGGGUCGUCGAUGUGCCCUACCUGGUCUUGGAGCCCACCCACAACAAGCAGGACUUUGCUGAUGCCAAGGAGUACCGGCACCUGCUGCGGGCAAUGGGGGAGCACCUGGCUCAGUACUGGAAGGACAUUGCCAUUGCCCAGCGUGGGAUCAUCAAGUUCUGGGAUGAGUUUGGCUACCUCUCUGCCAAUUGGAACCAGCCCCCAUCCAGCGAGCUGCGUUUCAAACGCCGGAGAGCCAUGGAGAUUCCGACCACCAUCCAGUGUGAUUUGUGUCUGAAGUGGAGGACCCUCCCCUUCCAGCUGAGUUCGGUGGAAAAAGAUUACCCUGACACCUGGGUUUGCUCCAUGAACCCUGAUCCUGAGCAGGACAGGUGUGAGGCUUCUGAACAGAAGCAGAAGGUUCCCCUGGGGACAUUCAAAAAGGACCUGAAGACACAGGAAGAGAAGCAGAAGCAACUGACAGAGAAAAUUCGCCAGCAGCAGGAGAAGCUGGAGGCCCUUCAGAAAACCACACCCAUCCGCUCUCAGGCCGACCUGAAGAAGUUGCCAUUGGAAGUGACCACCAGACCUUCCACUGAGGAACCUGUGCGGAGACCUCAGCGUCCUCGGUCACCUCCUUUACCUGCUGUGAUCAAGAAUGCUCCAAGCAGACCCCCUUCCCUGCAAACUCUGAGAUCAACCAGCCAACCCCGAAAGGCUCCUAUCAUCAGCACCCCAAAGCCUCUUGCUCUGGCAUCCCGGGUGGAGGCCAGUACCUCCAGGCUGCUCCAGCCACCUGAGCCACCCCGAAAGCCUGCAAACCCUCCAGUCAAGACUGUAUCCCGGCCUGCCCCUCUGGUGCAGACACUGUCACCAUCUCCACUGCCCAACUCCAAGAACCCUCGGGAAGUUUCUUCCCCGAAAGCCAUCAAGACUCCAGUGGUCAAGAAGCCAGAGCCACCUGUUAAACUGUCCCCGGCUAACCCUGGUCGUAAGCGGAGUCUUGUGGUCUCUGAUGAGGACGAAGCUGAGGAAGAGGCUGAGAGGAGGAAGGAGAAAUGCAAGCGGGGCAAGUUUGCUGUGAAGGAGGAAAAGAAGGACUCAAAUGAGCUCUCAGACAGCGCUGGGGAAGAGGACCCAGCUGACCUCAAAAGAGUUCAGCAAGAUAAAGGGCUGCAUGUGGAGGUACGUGUGAACAGGGAAUGGUAUACCGGCCGAGUCACAGCUGUGGAGGUAGGCAAGAAUGUGGUGCGGUGGAAGGUGAAGUUUGACUACGUGCCCACGGACACAACACCAAGAGAUCGCUGGGUGGAGAAAGGCAGUGAAGAUGUGCGACUGAUGAAGCCACCUUCUCCAGAGUAUCAAAGCCCCGACACACAGCAAGAGGGUGGGGAGGAAGAGGAGGCCGUGGUGAUGGAGCAGCCUGUGUCUGUGACGGAGUCCUCUACCUCUGAUUGCAUCCGCAUUGAGCCCGACACCACUGCCCCGAGCACCAGUCAUGAGACCAUUGACCUGCUGGUCCAGAUUCUCCGGAAUUGCUUACGGUAUUUCCUGCCUCCAAGCUUCCCCAUCUCCAAGAAGGAGCUGAGUGUUAUGAAUUCAGAUGAGCUUAUCUCUUUUCCUCUGAAGGAGUACUUCAAGCAGUAUGAAGUAGGGCUCCAGAAUCUAUGCCAUUCCUACCAGAGCCGUGCCGACUCGCGGGCCAAGGCCUCAGAGGAGAGUCUGCGCACGUCUGAGAGAAAGCUCCGGGAGACGGAGGAGAAGCUGCACAAGCUGAGGACCAACAUUGUGGCGCUCCUGCAGAAGGUGCAGGAGGACAUAGACAUCAACACAGAUGAUGAGCUGGAUGCCUACAUCGAGGACCUCAUCACCAAGGGGGACUGAGGGGCUGGGUGCCAGAGAUCAGCUCCCCUGCCCACCUGCCCUCAACAUAGCAGUUUCCAGGGAGAGAAGUUUCAUUUAUGAGUUGGUGGACUUUAACCUUGGUUUGACUCAUGGGACAUUUGUGCUUUUGGAGGGAAAGAUAACUCUGGUUCUUUGACUCUUCCUCCCUAAGUUUAUAAAUAUUUAUUUUUAAAAAGAGAACAA